CCCACUGUGCCACCAGGGAGGGCCUGUUAAGUAAUUCUUAACUUUUUUAUUAACCAUUUUUUAUUAACCAAUCUUCUCAGUGAAUCCACCGUUUGACUUUGUGAUUUCUUUAUACAAACAUAUCCUGGUUCCCUCUGCUGUCCAGCAUUCUCCUCUGUUCCUUCAGGCCGCACUGAACACACUCCAGCUACCUUAAUAUUUGCCUUUUUAUCCAGUUUAUCCUAACAUGAUUAAAAACUCAGUGAAAAUAAGGUUUGUUUUAUAUAUUCUAAACAUUAGCAUAGGGCCUCAUACAUGGGAGCCAUUCAGCAGUUUUGGAGAGCAAAUUAAAUCCUCAUCAGUUUGGAUCUGUUUCUACUUUUGGUCUGGUAUCUUUCUACAUGCUGUGGAAUAGCAGUCCACUAAACCCCUCCAUUUACUGCUAACAAUGACUUCUAUUUUACUCUCUGCAUGUUUUGCGAGCUCCUAUUUAGAAAGUAGUCAUGUUACACAGAUCGUCAACUGCCUAAACAUAUGAAUACAAUACCUUCUUCCUCUUUUUUCUUUGGUGAUGUUACUGUGCUUCUAUCAAUGUGUAAGAAAUCAGAAAUGUUUAUACCUGGCAUUUCUUUUGUACUGUUAUACAUAGGGUUAUUACUAAACACUGAAAAUAAUUCCAUAUUUUUAAAAUAUCAAGAAAUAUUUUGAACAGCUUAAAUCCAAAAAAAGUUUGUGAAUUCAUUAUGCUCUCCUUUCCUAGAAACUGGCAACACUGAUCAUCACCUGAAGGGUCACUUGGAAAAUCAGAGAAUGCUAAGAGAUACGAAACAAUACCAUGGACAUAGUGCAUUUAGAAAUACUAGUCUUCGAAGUAAAAGUCAUUUUCCUGUCAGGAAAAAUGGUAUGUUUGAGUUAUAUAUAAAAACUUUGAAAUCUAACUCAAAUUUAGUCAACCAGAGCAAAAGCUGUGAAAGUAAAAACUCUUAGUAAAUUUAAUGGAGAUAGGAAAUUAUUUCCAUAUGGUCAGCAUGAAGGAUUUCAUCCUACAGUUGAAUUCUCUGUGAGUGUAAAACUCAUUAGCAAUCAGUUCCAAGUCAUUAAGCAUUAGAAAGCACAUGAAAUAAAGAAAACCCAUGUAUGCAGUGAAUGUGGAAAAGGCUUUGGUAAGAUGUCGCAGCUCACUAAUCAUCAGAGUUCAUAAGGCAGAGAAACUUUAUGGAUGCAGCUUUUGUGUUUUCCAGAAAGGCCAGGCUCAAUGAACAUCAGAGAAUUCAUACAAGAGAGAAGGCCCUUAUAUUUCCUGGUUGUGGAAAAGUCUUCACUGUGAAGUGUCAUCUGAUUAAACAACAGCAUAUUCAUACUGGAGAGAAACCCUAUGUAUGCAGGGAAUGUGAGAAAGGUUUCCCCAGGAAAAGUAAUCUCAUUGUACAUCAGCGAAAUCACACCGAAGAGAAGCACUUUGUAUGCAGUGCAUGUGGGAAAGGCUUCACUGGAAAGAACAUGCUCAUCAUACAUCAGCAAACUCAUACAGGAGAGAAAUCCUACACCUGCAGCAAAUGUGGAAAAGGCUUCACCACAAAGCAAUAUGUCAUCAUACAUCGAAGAAUUCAUACAGGAGAGAAACCAUAUAUAUGCAACGAAUGUGGAAAAGGUUUCAAUAUGAAGAUUCAUCUGAUUGAACACCAGCGAAUGCAUACUGGAAAGAGACCCUAUGUAUGCAGUAAGUGUGGAAAAGGUUUCCCCAGAAAAAGUAAUCUCAUUGUACAUCAGAGAAAUCCCAUAUGUGGUAAAUGUGGAAAAUGCUUCACUGGAAAGAGUAUGCUUAUCGUACACCAGCGAACUCAUACUGGAGAGAAACCCUACAACUGCAGUGAAUGUGGGAAAGGCUUCCCCUUGAAGAGUCAGCUAGUUGUACAUCAGUGAACACAUACUGGAGAGAAGCCAUACAGAUGCAGUGUAUGUGGGAAAGGUUUCAUUGUGAAUAGUGCACUGAUGUUACAUCAGCAAACUCAUACUGGAGAAAAACCCUAUAUGUGCAAUAAAUGUAGCAAAGGUUUUACCUUUAAGAGCAAUCGUGUACAUCAGCAAACUCAUACUAGAGAGAAACCCUUUCUGUGCAGUGAAUGUGGGAAAGGCUUCACCAUGAAAUGCUAUCUUGUCAUACAUCAGCAGAUUCAUGUAGGAGAAAAAUCCUAUCUAUGCAGUGAAUGUGGAAAAGCCUUUGCCAUGGAAACCGACCUUGUUUUACAUCAGCAAAUUCACACUGGAGAAAAACCACAUACAUGUGAUGAAUGCAGUAAAAGGCUUCUCUGUGAAAAGCCAUCUAACUGUUCAUCAGUGAACUCAUACAGGAGAGAAACCUAUUGUAUGCAGUGAGUGUGGAAAGGGCUUCUCCUCUAAGAGAAAUCUCAUUGCACAUCAGAGAACUCAUAAUGAAACAAACCCUAAUCAUGCAAUGAACAAAAUCAUACCUUCAGGAAGAAAAUAUGUCUCGUAUAAUGACAGAGAUUUCAUGUGGGAUAGACUUCUUUAUAUGUCCUAAGGAUGAAAAUCAUACAUCUGUAUUAUCAGUCUCAUUACCCACCGGGGGAUUUGUCCAGCGGACAAACUACAUAUGCAGUCAGUGUGAGAAUACUGCUCAACAUGAAAUCAGCACUAACUAUACAUCACAGAACUUAUAAAAGAGAGACACCCGUGGAUUCAGUGAUUGAGGGUAGCCUUUCAUCUGUCUAUCCUUAUUAUAAAUGACCAGAAGAAAAAUGUGGAAAUCAAGGUACAUAAUUCUUGGCAGGGAACUCAUUACAUACAAGUGAACUCAUGCAGGGGACACAUAUUGAUGGCUAGAGAACUCAUUGAACAUCUGUGUGCUUUUAGCACACUUGAACAGAGUCCAUGUAGAUGAGUCUGCAACUGGGUUUUAAUAAUUUAAACAGUGCAGAGGAUCUGGGAAUGCCUUGGGUAAUCAAUGGGUUGCCCUCACAUCCUACACCAAAAUGAACAGGAGAAAGUUUGACACAUUCAAUAUAGAAAGUCUCAAUGAAACAUUUCUCGUUAUGUCUGAAAAGCACCUACUGAGAUAAAUCUUAGAAGUGAAAGACUAGAAUGGCUGAGUUGAGAACCCCUCUCCUGGGGAUCCCAGUAAUUAUACAAACAGUGAGCUCAGACACACUAGCAAUAGAAUGGCUGUGGGAAAACCUUGCUUAGAAAUGAAACUUCUUCCACAGUUCUCUAUUUUCAGGAGAAUAGCAGGACUGCAUAAUUCUGCUUCAUCAUUUGUCAUAAACCCACACUGAAACAAAACUUAAGAGCACCGUGAAUCGGGUAACCAGCAAAAUAUCCAAAUUUAUGCCAGGUUGUCAUGGAAAUGUCGUACACUUGAGUUUUCCAUCACAAAUCUAAACUGUACCUGAGAGCUAUUCUGGAACAGGAUACUUUGAAACAUGCUCGUUGAUUUGGUCAUUUAAAAAUGGGCUAUUACCUCUCUCUUUUUCCACAUUUCGAAAGGACAGCUUUAUUAGGGAAAGGAGAAAGGAAAAGAGGCACCUGCACGUCAGGUGGGCAGGGAGCUGCUAAAUGGGGGUUAUUCUCUUCACAGAAACGGGAGUAUAUGCAUCAACAACCCAACACAUGGGGGGUUUAUAAGAAGCAUUAAGUAAUUCCCAAAAACACCUUA